GAAAGCCAAGAUGGACGCGUCCAUUUGAUGGUCUCGCACACCUGCCUGCCAUUAGCAGUUGCACUUAUUGCUGCUGCCCAUUCUUCCUCCAGAAUAGGAGGAGAGGGGAUGAGAAGCUGCCGCGUCCGAGGAGUCACUGUGAUCGACCCCGCCGCUGCCCUCGGGCCUCCUCGGCCCCUGCACCUCCCGGAGCAGCCGGGGCUCGCCGCGCCUGACGCGUCCCGGCUUACACAGAAAUAAUGUUGAUAUUCGGAACCCAUGUCGAACUUCUAUGAAGAAAGGGCAACGAUGAUUGCAGCCGGGGAUUUGCAGGAAUUUGUUCCUUUUGGUCGAGACCACUGCAAGCACCACCCUAAUGCUUUGAACCUUCAGCUUCGCCAGCUGCAGCCAGCCUCUGAAUUAUGGUCUUCUGAUGGUGCUGCUGGCUUGGUGGGAUCCCUUCAGGAGGUUACAAUCCACGAAAAACAGAAGGAAAGCUGGCAGCUAAGGAAGGGAGUAAGUGAAAUUGGAGAGGAAGCGGACUAUGAUGAGGAACUCUAUGUUGCUGGAAAUAUGGUGAUCUGGAGCAAAGGAAGUAAAAGCCAGGCAUUGGCAGUUUAUAAAGCAUUUACGGUCGACAGUCCUGUUCAACAGGCAUUGUGGUGUGACUUCAUUAUAUCACAGGAUAAGUCUGAAAAGGCCCACUACAGUAGCUAUGAAGUAGAAAAAUGCAUAUGUAUAUUGCAAAGCUCAUGUAUUAACAUUCAUAGCAUAGAAGGAAAGGAUUACAUAGCUUCCUUACCAUUUCAGGUUGCAAAUGUUUGGCCCACUAAGUAUGGAUUGUUGUUCGAACGAAGCAGUUCUUCACAUGAGGUACCUCCAGGUCCACCCAGAGAACCUUUACCCACUAUGUUCAGCAUGUUGCACCCACUAGAUGAAAUAACCCCACUUGUUUGUAAAUCUGGAAGUCUUUUUGGUUCAUCACGGGUGCAGUAUGUUGUAGAUCCUGCAAUGAAAAUUGUUUUCCUCAACAUUGACCCCUCCAUUGUAAUGACCUAUGAUGCUGUUCAAAAUGUGCAUUCUGUGUGGACUCUCCGGAGAGUCAAAUCAGAGGAAGAGAAUGCUGUUUUAAAGUUCUCUGAUCAGGGGGGAACCCCACAGAAUGCAGCCACUAGCAGCUCCCUCACGGCACAUCUCAGAAGCCUCUCCAAGGGAGAUUCCCCUGUGACUUCACCUUUCCAGAAUUAUUCCUCCAUUCACAGCCAGAGUCGCUCAGCCUCAUCACCCAGUCUGCACUCUCGCUCUCCUUCCAUUUCGAACAUGGCAGCUCUAAGUCGUGCUCAUUCUCCUGCCUUAGGAGUGCACUCUUUUUCUGGGGUACAAAGGUUCAACCUUUCAAGCCAUAAUCAGUCUCCAAGGAGACACAGUAUUUCUCAUUCUCCAAAUAGUAAUUCUAAUGGCUCCUUUCUUGCACCAGAAACAGAGCCAAUUGUUCCGGAACUGUGUAUUGACCAUUUAUGGACAGAAACGAUUACUAAUACAAGAGAGAAAAAUUCACAGGCCUCAAAAGUGUUUAUUACAUCUGACCUAUGUGGGCAGAAGUUCUUGUGCUUUUUAGUAGAGUCCCAGCUCCAGUUACGCUGUAAGGUCACAGGGAAAUCAUUGGCUGAUGGCUUUUCUGCUGCUUUGGCAGAUUGUGCUACUAGGCUUGGAGCCAGGACCAGUAAAGCUGAAUUUUUCCUGGUUGUUCUGUUGUCUCCAGUUCCAGAACUGAGGGAUUCUUCAAAACUUCAUGAUUCUCUCUAUAAUGAGGAUUGUACUUUCCAACAGCUUGGAACUUAUAUUCAUUCUAUCAGAGAUCCUGUUCAUAACAGAGUAACUCUAGACUGGGAAUAUUUACUAAAUUCAGACUACCACCAGAAUGUUGAGUCUCAUCUUUUGAACAGAUCUUUAUGUUUGAGUCCUUCGGAAGUUUCACGGAUGAAGGAUGAGGGUAUUUCACAGAACCUCAGUCUGGAUUCCUCUACGCUUCUCUUUACUCAUAUACCUGCAAUUUUUUUUGUUCUUCACCUUGUCUAUGAGGAGCUGAAGUUGAAUACUCUAAUGGGAGAAGGGAUUUGUUCACUUGUUGACCUUCUCGUUCAGUUGAGUAUAGCACUCUAUAUACUUGGUGAUGAGAGCUCUGUUUCUGACGAAGCCUCACAAUAUUUAUCCAGAAUAACUGUAGGAUUCACUUUAAGAGAUUUGGAAACUCUUCCCUUUGGGAUUGCUCUUCCUAUCAGAGAUGCAAUUUAUCAUUGUCGUGAGCAGCCUGCUUCAGACUGGCCAGAAGCUGUCUGUCUCUUGAUUGGACGUCAGGAUCUUUCCAAGCAGGCCUGUGAAGGAAACUUACCCAGAGGAAAAUCUGUGCUCUCGUCAGAUGUUCCUUCAGGAACAGAAACUGAGGAGGAGGAUGAUGGCAUGAAUGACAUGAAUCAUGAGGUGAUGUCAUUAAUAUGGAGUGAAGAUUUAAGGGUGCAGGAUGUGCGAAGGCUUCUUCAGAGUGCACAUCCUGUCCGUGUCAAUGUAGUGCAGUAUCCAGAACUCAGUGACCACGAAUUCAUCGAAGAAAAAGAAAACAGAUCCAUCGCAGAUUGGCUUCGAGCUCCUGAUACCAUGUAUUUGCUGGACUUUGUGAAACCAGAAUUUCUCUUGCUUAGGCAUAAAUUUGCAAAAGAUUUCAUGACUUACUUGUCUGCACCCAAUGCUUCUGUUGGGCGUGCCCCUCCUCGGAACACAACAGUUGACCUUAAUAGUGGAAACAUUGAUGUGCCUCCCAACAUGACAAGCUGGGCCAGCUUCCAUAAUGGUGUGGCUGCUGGCCUGAAGAUAGCCCCUGCCUCCCAGAUUGACUCGGCUUGGAUUGUUUACAAUAAGCCCAAGCAUGCCGAGUUAGCCAAUGAGUAUGCUGGCUUUCUCAUGGCCCUGGGUCUGAAUGGGCACCUUACCAAGCUGGCUACUCUCAAUAUCCACGACUACUUGACCAAGGGCACCAUGGAUAUGUCAAUUACUCGGCUUCUUAGUAUUCACAUUCCUGCUCUCUUACCCCCAACGUCCACAGAGCUGGAUGUUCCUCACAAUGUCCAAGUGGCUGCGGUGGUUGGCAUCGGCCUUGUUUAUCAAGGGACAGCUCAUAGACAUACUGCAGAAGUCCUGUUGGCUGAAAUAGGUAUGGGAUUAAUAGUGCUGAAUCUUUAUAGGUACUCUUUGAGCACAUCAAACUCUUCCAUUGCUGCUCUUCUCUGUGCCCUUUACCCACACUUCCCAGCUCACAGCACUGACAACCGGUAUCAUCUCCAGGCUCUCCGGCAUCUCUACGUGCUAGCUGCAGAACCAAGGCUUCUAGUGCCUGUGGAUGUGGACACAAACAUGCCCUGCUAUGCUCUCUUAGAAGUUACCUACAAGGGCACUCAGUGGUAUGAACAAACCAAAGAAGAAUUGAUGGCUCCUACCCUUCUUCCAGAACUCCACCUUUUAAAGCAAAUUAAAGUUAAAGGCCCAAGAUACUGGGAACUGCUCAUAGAUUUAAGCAAGGGAAUGCAACACUUGAAGUCCAUCCUUUCCAAGGAUGGAGUUUUGUAUGUUAAACUCAGAGCAGGUCAGCUCUCCUAUAAAGAAGAUCCAAUGGGGUGGCAAAGUUUGUUGGCGCAGACUGUUGCUAACAGAAACUCUGAAGCCCGGGCUUUCAAGGUUAUAAGAAGACUUGGAAGAAGAGAAAUGUCUGAGACCUCUGAACUUUGGCAGAUAAAGUUGGUGUUAGAGUUUUUCAGCUCCCGAAGCCAUCAGGAGCGACUGCAGAACCACCCCAAGCGAGGGCUCUUUAUGAACUCUGAAUUCCUCCCUGUUGUGAAGUGCACUAUUGAUAAUACCCUGGACCAGUGGCUACAAGCCGGGGGCGAUAUGUGUGUGCAUGCCUACCUCAGUGGGCAGCCCUUUGAGGAAUCGCAGCUGAGCAUGCUGGCCUGCUUCCUUGUCUACCACUCGGUGCCGGCUCCACGGCACCUGCUGGCAGUAGGACUGGAAGGGAGCACAAGCUUUGCCGAGCUACUCUUCAAAUUUAAACAGCUGAAAAUGCCUGUGCGAGCUUUGCUGAGAUUAGCUCCUUUGCUUCUUGGAAAUCCACAGCCAAUGGUGAUGUGACCAUGUCUGGCAGUGAACCUACCCUGAGACGUGACUUCCGCACAAAAACGUGACCAAACAUCAAAACUAAAGCAACGUUUAUAAGUUUUAUAACAUAACUGGGAGGAAAUGAACUGCGUAAACCUCAAUGUAUUUUAAAAUCUGUGUGUUUUAAAUAUUCCAGAGAAUCUGUUGCUGUCAACAUUAACAUUAUAUGGUAUAUAAAAGUGAGUUAAAAUUUACUUUUGUAAAUAAAGUGUUUUGGUUUGUUUUCAAAACUCUUGAUUGCUUUAGUUUUGGACUCCAGAGAAUUAGAGAGGUGGGGUCUGGGGUGCAUAUUGGAUUUUAAAGUCUGUAUGUUAGUACAGGUGAAGUGAGUGUGCUCAAAACCACGACAUUUUAAAAGAAGCUGUAUCAUAAGAUUUUACUGUGUGUGGCAACAAAAGAGCUUUUAGCAUUUCCUAAGAUGUCGCAGUUGCCCUUCUAAAGUAAGCUCGUUUGUACUUCCUGUGACAGUGCCAGUCAUUCUUAUGAUCACCUUAAACAGGAGAUUUAGACCCCAGUGAACAGUUGCUCAACAUGAAGUGCUAUGGACUGAAUUGUGUCCUCCCAAAAUUAUAUGUUAAAUCCCUAACCCCACUGUGACUGUGCUUGGAGAAAAGGCUUUUAGGAGGUAAGGUUAAAUGAGGUCAUAAGGAUGGGGCCUUAAUUCAAUAGAAUUGGUCGCCUUACAAGCAGAGGAAGUGAGAUACAUGUUUCUCUCUCUCUCCUUCCUCCAUGUGAG